UGGACGAAGGGGGUGAGAGAGACGUUGUCGAUGCACACCUCUUCUUCUUCUUCUUCGCAUAUAUAAACUUGUCAGUAUGGCAAAUAUUUUGCAUUAUGUUUCUGUCGACUGUCCUAUGUACCAAUUCAGCAUGAGGACAACGUUUCAAAUCCUGAUAUCAAUAAUCCUCUCAUCGGUGGCUUAUUCAUUAGCAAAAUCACCGCAAACACCUGUUUACAUUGGCUAUCAGGACAGUCUGGGACAGUAUAGUUUUGGAUACAGUGCACCAGAAUCGGCGAGAUCGGAGGUACGUCAAGCAAAUGGUGAAACAAGAGGAUCGUUCAGUUAUGUCGACACUGAUGGCGUAAUUCAACGGGCAAAAUAUACAGCCGAUGAGGAGCAUGGCUUUCAAAUAGCAGCCACUAAUCUACCACGAAAUGUGGAAGACACACCUGAGGUGAUGGCUGCAAGAGAAGCUCAUCUCAAGGCAUUAAAAUUGGCCUAUCAACGAGAUGAGCACGAGCAAACAAUGUUGAAUCAUCAGACAUUUCUGCAACAAUUGGGACUAAAACGAUUGGAUCAAUCAUCAUCAGGUGCUCAUCAACAAAUCGCAGGUCAGGAGAAUUCGAAUCAGAAACUGUUGGAUCAAUCAUCGACUGGUGUUGUUGAUCAUCAAUUGAAAGGUCAGCUGCAUUCAUAUCAGCAGCAUUUGGAUCAAAAACAAACAGAUCAUAAGCACCUGGAUCAGCAAAGUUUGAGUCAUCAGCAUUUGGACCAGAAACAUUUGAGUCAGCAGUAUUCGGAUCAGCAGCAAAAAGAUUAUAAGCACCAGGAUCAGCAACAUUUCAGUCAUCAACAAAAAGACCAUCAUUACUUGAAUCAGCAGCAAGCGGAUCAACAACUAUUAAAUCAGCAGCAAGUGAAUCAAAAACUUUCAAAUCAACAGCAAUCGUUAGAUCAACAGCACUCGGAUCAGCAACAUUUGAGUCAUCAGCAAUCACUAAGUCAGCAGCACUCGGAUCAGCAACAUUUGAGCCAUCAGCAAUCACUAGGUCAGCAGCACUCGGAUCAGCAAUCACAAAGUCAGCAGCAUUCGGAUCAGCCAACAUCACACCAGCAGAAUCUAGAUAGGCAAAAACAAAGUGUGCUAACAUUUGGUCAACGAAUAAGCGAUCAUCAUUCGGAGCAGCAAGCAAUAGAUAUACAGAAUUUGAAUCAGCAACCUUUGAUUCCACAGUUAUUGUCCAAAUUGAACUCGAAUCAAUUUGUAAAUCAUAACUCGAAUCUGCAAAAAAUCGCUCUGCAAAAUUUGCAUCAGCAAUCCGUAGUUCAUUCUCAGUUGGAUCAGACGUUAGGCCCGCAAAGUUCGGAUCCGCAAGCUUCAGAUCAUCAGCAAACAUUAGGACAUCAGCAAUUGGGUCAGCAACAUUUAGUGCAGGUGGGAAAAAUUCCUAAAGACCCAGCGCAAUAUCAGCCGGUUCAGGAUGCAACCUACGAGCAAGGAUCUUCGAAAACGUCUCCCCAGUCUAGUCAACAAACUUUGGAAAAUCAACAAUCAAAGCAGCAUUCAAACAUUCACUUAGAAAAAAAUUUGGAUCAGCCACAGUUGUUUCAACCAAAUUUGUCCAAUGAUAAAUUAAACCAACCAAACCUGGAAUCGAGUAAAUUGCAACAAUCAAUAUUAGAGUCCAGUAAAUUGAAUCAACCACAGCUGGAUAAAAAACAAGAGGAUCAGGAAAAAUUGAAUCAACCACAAUUGGAUCCAAGAAAGUUCAACCAACAACAAUAUCAAUCUGUAGGACAGAAAGAGAUUUCAGAUAAGAGUCCAAUUCAACAAUAUCAAUCAGUGGCACAACAAGACAGUUCUGAUAGGAAUCCAAUUCAGCAACAGAAUCAGCCAGUGGGUCAAGAAAUUUCCGAUAGAAAUCCAAUUCAUUUGCAACUUUUGAGAAAACAACAGUCCGAUCAAAAAUUACCAGUCACGAGUCUGGAUAACCAACCAGUACUGCUACAAUACCCAAAUCAGUAUCCCUUUCUGGAUCAACCGAUUCUGGGACACCAACCAUUCGGUCAACGAUUAUCCAACGAACGUCAACGCCCGUCAAUAGGAAAACUGGGCCAAAAGUUAAGCGCUUAUCAACAACAAUCACAAAACAAAUUUUCAGGAACACAAACUUUAAAUCGACCCCAAUUUUUAAAAGCAGAAAAAGAUGAUCAAAAGCAGCAGAAGAUUAAUCAACGGAUAUUAACGAGUCCUCUGUCUGAACAUCCAAAAAAUCAACUGUCACAAUUUUCUGAUCCAACGAAAUUAUUGAAACCAAUAGGACAGCAACAACCGAGUCAGGAUCAAUUAAGUCAGCAGCAAUUUUCACCGCAAUCUAGUCAACAGCAGUUGGGUCCACAAUUUGGUCAGCAGCAGUUACAGCAACAACCAUUGAAUCAGCAACCACUGAAUCAAAAUGAAUUAGGUCCACAAUUUGGUCAGCAGCAGAUAAAUCAAUUAGGUCAGCAAUCAUUGAUUUCAAAUCCAUUGAAUCAACAGCAAUUUGAUCCACAACUGUUGAGUCAACCAUUUGGAAAUCAACCAUUUAAUCCUAAUUCACUGAAUCUAGCGCAAUUAGAUCAGCAGCAAUUGAAUCAACAACAAUUUGGUCAGCAGCAGUUGCAGCAGCAACCAUUGAACCAACCACAAUUUGAUCAGCAACAGUUAGGUCAACAACAAUUUGGUCCACAGCAAUUAAGUCAACAACAAUUCGGUCCACAGCAAUUAAGUCAACAACAAUUCGUUCCACAGCAGUUAAGUCAACAACAAUUCGAUCCACAGCAGUUUGGUCAACAGCAAUUAGCUUCACAGCAUUUAAAUCAACAACAAUUUGAUCAGCAGCAAUUGAAUCAACAACAAUUGGGUCCACAACAGUUUAAUCAACAACAGUUGGGUAUACAGCAAUUGGAUCAGAGUCAAUUAAUUCAACCGCAAAUAGCCCAGCCACAAGUGAAUCAAUUUGGUCAACAACAGUUUGAUCAGCAGCAUUUGGGACUACAGCAAUCAAAUCAACAACAAUUGGGUCCACAACAGCUGAGUCAACAACAAUUGGAUCCACAGCAAUUGAGUCAGCAACAAUUAGAUUCACAGCAACUUGGUCAGCAGUUGUUAAGUCAGCAGCAAUUGAAUCCACAACAAUUGGGUCAGAAUCCGUUACAGCAGCAACAAUUCGAUCAGCAGCAAUUGAAUCAACAGCAGUUGGGCCAGAAUCCAUUUCAGCAGCAACAAUUUGAUCAGCAGCAAUUGAAUCAACAACAGUUGGGUCAGAAUCCGUUUCAGCAGCAACAAUUUGAUCAACAGCAAUUGAAUCAACAACAGUUGGGUCAGAAUCCGUUUCAGCAGCAAUUGAGUCAGAAUCAGCAGCAACAAUUCGAUCAGCAGCAAUUGAAUCAACAACAGAAACCUUCGGAUAUUCAGAAAUUAAUACAAAAUCAGUUUAAUCAUCGACAAUUUAUUCAGCAGCAAAUGGAUCAAAUACAAUUAGCGCAGCAUCAUUUAAAUUCACAACAAUUAAGUCAACAGCAAUUGAAUCCACAACAAUUGGCUCAACGUCAGAAUGAAUUGCAUCAGUUUGCUUUGACGGAAUUGAGUCCAGAGCAACUGAUUCAACAUCAAUUUAAUCAACAGCAAUUGAAUCAACAACAAUUUGGUCAACAACAACAACAUCGACAACAAUUUCAUCCACAACGAUCGCAACAAUUAAAUGAUAACGAUUUACGAAUAACAAAAAUUCUUGCCGGUGUUGGUGGUAAUCAAUUCCAAAUUCCUGUUCCUGGUGCUGAAAAUCAACUGAUUCCUCAGGGAAUAAAAAAAAAUGAUGGACAAAAUGACGCUGACCAAGACUUACAAAAUUUUCCAUCUACUUCAGGUCAAUAUGCUAGUGAUAAAAAAGGGGAAGCUGUGAAAAAUAAUUUACACGAACAAAAGUCGAAACCAAAUCAAGGACAACUUGGCUUUCUGAAACAUCAAGGCGAAUCUCAAAGUAUUGGCAUGUUAGCCAACUGGAUAAGGAAGAACGAGACGCAUCCAGUGGAAGGAUUUAUGACGCAGGCUAAUCUCAAGGAUAAAAAACCCACAACGAAUGCUGGGAGUCAAUUAUUUCAACUUGUUACGCCCGGUCACAUUAGUAAACCCUUCAUUGUUCCCUCAAAUUAUGUACCUUUAAAAAAUUCCAACGACGCUAUGGGAAUGCUUUUGCAACCAACAUUUUCCGCUCAAUGUUUUAUAACUCGUGCCGAUCAGCUUGGUAAUCUCGUCGAUGUAAAUUAACGCCCUUUUUUUCAUUUUUUUUUUUUUUUGAUAGACGGCUUAUAAUUUUAAAUACUUUUUCCCAAGCCUGUCACUCAUACAAGUCAUUAUUCUAGGAUUUAAAGAUAUUCUCUUCCCUUUUUCAUUUUUUCUCUUCCCCAACAAGUUUCUCGUAAGAUUUUUUUUUUCCUUUUCACUUUCGCGUAAAAUCAUUUUGCAUGGAAAAAAAUAUAAAUGGUGUUUUUUCUUUUUGCAAUAUUGCAAAAUUUAAUUAACAUCUAAACAGAAAUUGUAUAUGAUAUGUAAAUUAUUAUUAAAUACGAAAAUGGAAAAAAUUUUAGACGUUUAAUUUCAAAUCUAAUUACUGUAUGGGAGAAAAAUUGGAGAAUUUGAUUAAUUCUGAUUAUGUAACAAUUAAAAAUGUAUAAUUACAAAUGUUUUUCAAUUUUAAUAAAAUUCAAUUUGCAGAUUUUUUUACGAAAA